AGCCGAACUUUUCUAGAAACCAAGUGUCACUUGAUUAGUGCUUGCUGCCUCGUUAAGUGGUUUUUGCUAAUCAAGGUUCUCGAACUGAUUUUGUUAAAUAACCGUAGUGUUACUGCAAGAUUGUUAUGGUGAUGUUUUCCAAAGAUUUUAUUGCGCUAUUCUUAGUAGAAACUUAAGGGUUGGUCUUUGGGUUGCUAAGGAUAGUAGAGUUUAGAGUUAGGGUUGGUCUUAACAUGAGCUAAUAUGAAUGGGAAAAUAGGGAAGAACCGUUGGUGGACCUCUUCUUCAGCCUAACCCUGAGUUUAAUUAGCAGUUUAAUUUCAGAAUCAAGACAUGAUAAAUUAGUGAAUCAGAUUUGUUCAGUUUAUUUUUAUUAAAAACUAUAAGUAUUUUCAAAAUGGUUUAAGUUAAUUAUUACUGUCUACGUUUUUAUAAAGUUUAUGGUGUGAUUGUUUUUGUGUGUUUGUUUUCUCCUUGAGUGUUCUUCUGAGUUCGAGUUGUUGUGCCGACUCACGCUACACCAAAUCACCGCCACAGAGCUCUGAACGUUAAAAGCAAAAUUAGGGCGGCGAAGGACCGGGUUUUCCUUAAAUUUGAAAUUCUCCUAGUGAAAAUUCGCGCAUGUCGUCGGCUCAUACUAAUGAGGAAAAUACAAUAAUGGAGGGCUGCAAUCAAGUAUCUAAUGGCGCAUCCCUGUCCAUGAGUUGUUCUGAAAUUAAUAGGUCUAAGAAGAAAGCAGAUGUAUCAAAAAGUGUAGCAGAGAUUCUUGCCAAGUGGAAAGAACACAAUGCCAAAAUGGACUCCUUGGCUGAUGGAAAAAAAUCAGUAACAAAAAUUGCUGCAAAAGGAUCAAAGAAGGGAUGUAUGAAGGGUAAAGGCGGACCUGAAAAUCAUCGUGUAAACUAUAGGGGUGUGAGGCAGAGGACAUGGGGUAAAUGGGUUUCUGAAAUUAGGGAACCAAAUCGAGGCAGUCGCAUUUGGUUGGGGACAUUUACCAAUGCACUCGAAGCUGCUCUUGCAUAUGAUGAAGCUGCAAUUGCAAUGUACGGACCAAGGGCCCGGCUCAACUUGCCCAAUUACAGUUUGUCUAGGCAACCGUUGAGAAGUUCUUCUGCACAGACCGAGUUGGAUUCUGGAUCUGCAUCAAGCCGUAGUGAGGUGACAAAUGUAGUGCAGUGCAGUGAUAAAGGAUCAUCGAGCAACUUGUGUUUCUGUGAUGAGAGUCAACAUGUUACUGUCAUUGAGAAGAAUGGAAAUAAUAAAGGGCAUGUCUUUGACGAUUUAAGGACUGUUGAAAGCCAAAUACAUGGGAAGGAUAAUCUUGCCAUGCUGAUUGACGAGGACAAGCAAAUCGAUGAAGUUCCAUCAAAAGAGUUGAGCAUAGGUUUGAUUGAUGGCGAAGGUGGUUUCAAGCAGCAGUUAGACAUGCUUAGCAGUGCUCAUGAAGCAGUUGAUGAAGCUGCAAAAAGAUUGCAUUGUCCUCCGCUAAACCUUCCGAAUCACAACAUACCAGCAAAGUCUAUGUAUUCAUCUUUGGCAUCAUCUGGAUCGGACUCCACAACAUCAAACCAUACUGAAGUUAGUACCGCUGGUAAUACAAAGGUCACAGUGUGCCUGGAGUGUGGUGAUGAAGGAUUUGACAAUUCCUUACUUCAUUGUGUUCAGUGUCAGCAUGUUGCCGUGCACCGCUACUGCCUUGAUGUUUCUCCAAACUCUGUGGAUGAAUUUGUCCGUUGGGUGUGCGAGGACUGUAAAGCUCAUGUUGAAUGGCAAUUCACUAGCCAAAAAUCUGGUCCAUUCUUGAUUAAGAAACAAGUUGAUUUCCCAAAACAUUCUAAUUCCACUCUUGCAGAAGAACUCAACAAAAAUGACCUCUACAAUCUCACCGCUGAGCCAGAUAAAUACAUUAAGGAUAAUCUUCUGCAAUCUAAUAAACCUCACGUGAAAGCAAACUUGGGACUGGCUGAAGAAAAGGAAUGUGCAUCAUCUUCUCUUGGAAUGAAACUUAAGAAUGUUAGGCAAGCUACUUCAAGUCAGUCUGAGGAAUGGAGAACACGGAACAGUUCUUUGCCCACGAAAGAAGCACAUGAAAGUGAGUUGAUUGGGGUGAAGCAUUCUGUGGAUUAUGGCUGUAUCUUAACUAAUAAUAAAGAGAUCCAACAUAAGCAAUGUCAUCCGGUACAUAAGAAAAAUGAUGUGCUCCAGGAACUUCAAUUGUCUGUAGCUACGAAUAGAGUAGAUGACCACCAACAUGCAAAUCGUUCCUCAUAUCAACAAAUGGUUCCUGGUCAAUGUGAGGAUACAACGUUAACAUGUGGGUUUUGGCCACCAGAGAAAUCAAAGAACAAUGAAAUUUUAACUAAUUUGGCGGUGAAAGAGGAUGGUGGUUUGUGUCAGCCUGCAGUGGUACACGAAGAAACUGAUUCUGUAGAGCUUGCCCUCUCAAUUGGUGUUUGCUUCGUCAAGGACCGGGAGAUCAAGAAAAUUUCAACUUGUAAUGAUGCGCUUGACAGAGGAAAAAAAUUCGAACUUCGCAACUGUUGGAACAAUCUCAAAACAAAAACUUUGACAUUACCAGAAUGGCAUGAUCAGUCACAACCUGUUACUGUUCCAAUUUGGAGGGGCAGCUUCAAGAUACUGCAUGACGGAAAUGCUGAAUUUGAUGGAUUUGUCGCUCAUUUGUCAAGUAAAGCUUGCCAGAGGGUGCAUGACGAGGUCCGUCUGUGCCCACGAAUGAUGAACUUCAGAAUUUUUUCUAAGUCCGAUUUGUUGCCAAAGACUUUUGCAUUGGAAGAACCCAGUGAUGAUAAUAUUGGGUUAUACUUUUUCCCAGAAAGCGCAAGAUAUGAAAGUACUUUUGACUAUUUAGUUGACGAAAUGAUGCGUCGAGGACUGGCGUUGAGUGCCUUCAUGAAAAGUGCAGAGCUUUUAGUUUUUACUUCAAUGGAGCUCCAACCACAUUAUCGCAGGUUUCAGGGAAAACAUUAUCUGUGGGGUGUGUUCAGGGAAACAGAGUGCCCUGCAUGAGAAACAGAGUAAAAAGGAUCCCCUGUAUCACUCUACGUAUCACUUAAUUAUCUACAAAUAAAAAUUUGUUAAAAAAAUGUGUUCAAGUAUAUGUAUGUUGUAAACAAUAGCCCAUUUAUGUUGGAUUACAUAUAAAACACAAAGCUAAGUUUUUCAGUUAUGAACUUUAUAAAUGUUAAAUAAAUGAGUGAUUGUUUACAACAUAUAUGUGUUUUAUGACUAAUUUGUUUAAUAUAUCUUUAUGGCUAAAAUAAUUAAGCUAUAUGGAGAGUGAUAAAGGCUAUCUCUACUCUGAACCGCGAGGGCAAAGACGUCUAGUGUAAUGUUGUCUUACUGGGUUAUUGCAAUUUAUGAAUUUGUGGGAACUUUGUAUUAGAAAUAAGUGUUUUAUGUUUAUCCAUUGUCUUUGUAGUAGUGUGCUGUCAUAUGACCAUAUCAUAUCCUAGCUGACAUUCACUAUAUGUAUUAUGGCUACUACCAUUGCCUUGUUCUUGCAUGAAAUCAUAAGUUCAUCCUUGACUUGGGUAUGUUUG